CGAGACUAGAGUUUCCGGACGUGAGUCCCCGGAAGAAGCAUGGUUGUUGCCCGGAUCUGGCUACGCUGAAGCGCCGACACCAUGCAGUCGGAUGAUGUUAUCUGGGAUACUCUAGGAAACAAACAGUUUUGUUCUUUCAAAAUAAGAACUAAGACUCAGAGCUUCUGCAGAAAUGAGUACAGCCUGACUGGACUGUGUAAUCGGUCAUCCUGCCCCCUGGCAAACAGUCAGUAUGCCACCAUAAAAGAAGAGAAAGGACAGUGCUACCUGUAUAUGAAGGUUAUAGAACGAGCAGCUUUUCCUAGGCGUCUCUGGGAACGGGUCAGGCUCAGUAAAAACUAUGAGAAAGCACUGGAGCAAAUAGAUGAAAAUCUCAUUUACUGGCCUCGUUUUAUUCGACACAAAUGCAAGCAGAGAUUCACCAAGAUCACCCAGUACCUAAUUCGAAUUCGAAAACUUACACUAAAGCGACAGAGGAAACUUGUUCCAUUGAGUAAGAAGGUGGAGAGGAGGGAGAAGAGAAGAGAGGAAAAGGCAUUAAUAGCUGCUCAGCUGGACAACGCCAUUGAAAAGGAAUUACUGGAGAGACUGAAACAAGAUACGUAUGGCGACAUCUACAACUUCCCCAUUCACGCCUUUGACAAGGCCCUGGAACAACAGGAGGCAGAGAGUGACUCUUCAGAUGCUGAGGAAAAAGAUGAAGAUGAUGAUGAUGAAGAUGUGGGAAGAAGAGAAUUUGUGGAAGAUGAGAGUGACAUAAGUGACUUUGAGGAUAUGGAUAAAUUGGAUGCCAGCGGUGAUGAAGAUGAGGACGAUAAAUCUUCCAGUGAGGAAGAGAAAGCCCUGAACGCUAAACACAAAGGCAAAACCCCCUUGAAAGGACCUUUGCGGAGAAAACGAGCCUACGUAGAGAUAGAGUAUGAACAGGAGACAGAGUCCACCACCAAAGCCCAAACCACGUGAUUUGUCUUCAUUUAUAAACAGGACUGAACAUUUUUAACUUCUUCCUUUUUUAUAUCUUAAACACACAACACACCUCAAGUUUUUGCUCUUUUGUGUUGUAUUUAACACAGUAUCUGUGUUCUUAAUAUUUAUGUCACUUCUGCGGGGCAAGAAAUCUGGGAAGAAGUGGAGGAAAGUCUUUAAGCUGUAAACAGUAUUUUUAUAGUACUUUUGGCGUAUGUGUUACAGUAACAGCUUGAGCCCAAGAAGCUUAACAGAUGAGUUCUCGAGGCUGGGACGGGAUUGUGGGUGUAAACAUUUCUAAAUCUGAAAUGUAACUUACCCUUGUUUCCUUUGUUUGCCUCCCUCCCUCCCUCUGAAAUAGACUUUCCUUUAGAAAUGGCAGGACUUCAGUCUUUUCUCGCCCUCCUCUCCCCACUCUCAUGGGGGCAAAAGGAA